ACUUGGAGAAAGACGCAGUACUACACGGUACCUCACUCAGUACAGGAUCAGUCCUGAGCAGAAUUACUUCACUAUGAACAAAUAACUCCAGACUAUUUUUUUGGAGCACAAAACCUGAGUCAGCUCCUUUUGCCCUUCAACCAAUUAACAAGUGAAUCAUUAAUGGCUGGAAGUCUGACAUUCUCUGGUGAGGAAGAGGAUAUGUACCUGGAUCUGGCUUGGAACCAUCUAUCUGAGGGAGUGAAUCCAUCAGCUUUUGGAGGAAGAAUGGCAAAGGAACUGAUUUUGAGUCACAAUAACAUCACAACCCUCAGCAGCGAGACAUUUUCACCUCUACUUGAUCACAUGUUUUCUGAUUAUGGUUUGGAGGCUUACAUACUUUUAGAUGGUAAUGCACUGGGAUGUGAGUGUGACAUGUCAUGGGUAGUGUCACAUAAGGCUCAUGAUAUCUUGAAGCUAGCGGAAUGUUCUGAUGGACGUCUCGUAUCUGGACUUACAGAGGCGGACUUUGCCAAUUGUUAACAGCAUUGAAGCAUAGUUUAGGACCCUGUUAACUUGUUAUUUACAUCCUAAGACCAACUUACUUCAAGUUGUUACAGCUUAUUUGAAAUUUUUUUAAAGCACAUGUACCUUUGGUUUGCAUAUCUUAUCAUUUAAGUUUUCUGUACUUUACUAAAGUUUUCAAAGGUCAUAUUGCAAUUUUCAUAAAUUAUCAGGAUUCUCAUAAAUUAUCAUCAUACGUAUUUAGAAAAGGCUUUCUGCUGAUAGUGUAAUUACAGAUUCAACCUUCAUGCUAAUAAAGUACAAUUAAUUCUAACUCUUCACAAUUUUACUAUGUUUACAAGUUCAUAUUAAGGCCCUCAGGGAAAUUCAUUUUUCCUUUAAUAACCAUGUCAACAAAGAUUGUUAAAACAUGCAAUUCUCAACAUUUCCUUCAAGAAAUGGUGGUAAGGCUCUCAAGAAAUACUGUACAAAAAUUUUUUAUGAAACGGCAAGAGUUUUUCAUUCAUAAUCUCAAGACGUAACAGAAUUUUUGUUUUGUAAGUCACAGUGAUUCUAAUAAAGCAAAUUGGAGAACAACAGAAA